CUUUGUCAUCCCGAUCCUCCGAAGUCGAACGCUUCCAAACUCACCCGAACCGUUUUCACCCCUUCAAUCGAACCAUACCUCCCACAUUCUCUUCAAAAUGACUGCUCCCUGGAAAGCCGCCGGUUUGACCUACAACCGCUACCUGGCCAUCGCCGCCCGCACGGUGCGCCGUUCCUUGAAGGAAGGCCCUCGCCUCGCAUCUGAGCGCCGCGGCCAGAUGGACCUCCGUUUCGCCAAGUGGGAGAACGGCAAGCAGGGUGAUGUCAAGUCCCUCGCCCAGGCCAACAACGAGGCUCUCGCCAAGGCCGCUGAGAAAUAAGCGCUAUUCACCCAUAACAUGAGAGAAUCGAGCUUGGAGAUAUGCAGGGCCCGAGUGUGACGGACUUGAGCGAAUUUUUGGUCCGGGGAGGCAUUGAAAUGUACAUGUGUAGCAAUACCGGCCUGUCUGGUUGGGCAGAGCUUAGAAAUCGCACUCGUCUUUGUUUUCACA